AUGAUUGAGGACCCUAAGCCUGGAGACAUGAUUGAGAUCCUGAACAACAUCUACAGUCACUGGGCCAUUUACACAGGAGACGGGAUGGUGGUUCAUGUCACAGUACCAGGUACGCAGUUUAAGCCCCUCCCUGUUGCCACCAUCCUGAAGGAGGCAGCUGAUUGGGUAGAUAAGGAGUUCGACUACAACCUCCUAUUGGACAACUGCGAACACUUCGCAACCCAGCUACGAUACGGACACCCAGAGUCGCGACAGGUGCGGCGAGGCCUAUGUGUGUGUGCCACGUGUACAGUGUGUUGUGUGGAGCUCGUCAAAUGGAUCAAGAGGCACCACCCCCGAUACACACACACACAGGAGAAGAAGGCACUGCAGAUCGUCUGAGGGG